AUGAAGGAAAAAAAGCGCACAAAAAGUGAAAAUAAAGAUGACGGCGAAGAUAUGGAUACACUUCCUGCUAAUACCACAAUUAAAGAAGAUGAUAAUAAAGAAGAGAAUGGUCGAUCAUAUGAAGAUAAAUUCCAAUUCAUGAAUCCCAUAGCAAAUCCGGUGGCCUCGAAAAAAGUAGCUAAGAAGUUAUUUAAAUGUAUUAAGCAAGCCUCAAAACAUAAAAAUUAUUUACGUCUAGGGUUGCGAGAGACACAAAAAUAUAUUCGACGUGGUGAAAAAGGUUUGGUUGUUUUCGCUGGAAAUGUAACACCGAUUGAUAUUUAUUCUCAUAUGCCUGUUGUGUGUGAAGAAGCAAAUAUACCCUAUGUUUAUGUACCAUCCAAAGAAGAUUUGGGCAGUGCUGUUAGUGCUAAUAGAACAGCAUGUUUACUAUUAAUACGUACACAUGAAGAUUAUAAAGAUUUGUUCGAUGAAUGUGUAGAAAAAAUUAAAACCCUAUCAUAG